AUGAACGGAGACAAGAGUUUACACCCGUUCUUCGCUCGACCCCACCAGCAGACCGCGAAUGGCACAAGAUUCGGUGACGAAGCCAGUGAUGACCAGGCUGAUCCAGCACCGGCGACGGUGACGGAUCCUGUGCCAAAAAAGAAGAGGAAACCGAAGGCCUCACAGGAAACCAAUGGCAAGACGCAGAAGACGUUGCAGGAGCUCGUGAAUCCCAAGUCGAGCGAGAUAUUGGCUGAGGGUGGGAACCUGACGGACGGUGAAGAAGCACAUCAUGAUGUGAAAAAGCGGCGCCGGACGAGUGAGGAUGAGUUUGUCGAGAUCAGCAACAAUGAUGGCCCCCGAACACCGAAGAAACGGACUCCAACGCCUCGUAGGCAUGCCUCGCCCCAUGUUAUCAUCCCGGCCUCCUCCCCUCUACCGAGCACAAUCCCCGUUGAUCUGGACGAGUCUCUCAAAACGCCUCCCAAAAAGAUGCUAAGACUGAAUGCUAGUGGCAAGUUCAGCUCCCCAGUGUCUAAGAAGCCUGACGGGGAAGAACCCACCGAGCAACCUCGAAGGAGGGGGCGGCCUCGCAAGUCAAAAGAAACGAAGCCAGAGCAGUAUGUGGUUGUUGUGAUGGCGUAUUCAACGGGUGGGGAUAUUGGUGCAAGGAUCGACCGCAUCAUGGCUGGGACUGAGCGACAUUUCACGGAAGUGAAGAGCACUCCAAAGAAGAAGCGUGGUACGCGGAAGCAGCAACCUUCCAAACCCACGCAUCCGUUCUUCACUGGGAAACCCGAAAGCAAGGCUCCGCUGAGACAGGAAUCUCCGCGCAAGGCAUCUGCAGUCACACCAGGAAAGCUUAGAAGGCAGGCUCUAGGCAAGGACCGCGUACAGCCUGUCGCUCAAGUUCAAGAUGUCUGGACUUCUGCGUUGCUGAAAGACCGGCUAAUGAUGAAGCAUUCGGGUGCCCGAGACCCAUCCUGGCCAGAUCGCGAGUCAACGCAUGUCAGAGGGCUGACUUCGAGAGAGCAAAAUUCCCUGAAUGCAAUCUUCACCGAAUCACAACCGCAUAAGCGGAAACGGAAAGCAAUCAGACGAUCGAUUCCAGCGGACGCCUCACUCCUGACCCAUUUCUCCUCACAGCUUGUGCCCGAGGCAGAAGGCGAGCUCAGACGCGAUGGCUUUCGCGAGCCUCAUCGGUCAUUGAAGAUCCCGAAAAGGUUGCUCAUACCUGGCGAGGACCUUGCAAGCCGAGUGCAAGAAGAGCUCCAUGCCCUGGUUGCCGCGUAUGACGAGGACGAGCUCUCGAGAUCCUCGCAGGCUAGCACACAUCCGGCACUUCGUAAGCUGCUCGAUGCGAUCCCACGAUUUUUGACUGCCUUCGACGAGGGUCGUGGGGAUAGCUUCAGUUGGUCGCACAAGUAUGCGCCGUCAACGGCGGCAGAAGUGCUUCAGCCAAGCCAAGAGAUGUCGGUGCUCAGGAAGUGGCUGACAUCACUUACUGUGUCUGCUGUAGAGAGCAAUCAGAAUGUUGAGUCGAAGACCAAAGCCAAGCAGGAUCUCAAGCCGAAGAAGAAGCGCAAACGCAGGGCAGACGAUCUCAAUGACUUCCUGGUCGACAGUGAUGAGGAGGUACAUGAUAUGGAUGAGCUUGCUGAUCCGGAGGCUCCAGCAACUGCUCUAGGCGACAUCAGGUCCGCGAGGUCCAUCGUCCAAGUCGCCACCGACGGGGUCAAGCUCAGCAACGCAGUGCUCUUGAGCGGCCCACACGGAUGUGGAAAGACUGCCGCGGCAUAUGCUGUUGCUAAGGAGCUGGGUUUCAAAGUCUUCGAGAUAAGCCCUUGCGAGCGACGAAGCGGCAAAGACGUGCUGGAGAAGGUUGGCGACAUGACUGAGAACCACCUCGUAAAGCACCACGGCACGGAUCCUGGCGAGACUUCAUCCACAGAAGAACCCAGUCGGAACGAAGAAGCGUUUCAGCGCGACCUGGCUAGUGGCCGGCAAGGGAAGAUGAGCGCUUUCUUCAAACCGCAGGCAAACACCAAGCAAGCGAAGCCAAAGAAGAAGUCGCCUACUGCAGCCAAAGCUGUCGCAUUGCAGGCGAUUGAGAAGGCGAUCAAGAAGCCAGCGAAGGACCAGCAGCAGUCACUCAUCCUGCUGGAGGAGGUGGACAUCCUCUUCAAGGACGACAAGGACUUCUGGCAUACCGUCUUCAAACUCAUUGUAACAUCGAAGCGGCCCUUCAUCAUGACCUGCAAUGAUGAAGCGAUGGUGCCCUUGCAAGCGAUGUCACUAUACGCUAUACUUCGUUUCGAGCCGCCGCCGGUGGAUCUGGCAGUCGAUUACCUGCUACUCAUGGCUGCAGCUGAAGGCCACCUUGUCAAACGGGAGGCCGUCGCAUCUCUCUACACGUCAAAGCUUCGAGACCUCCGAGCGAGCAUCGCUGAGCUGGACUUCUGGUGCCAGAUUGGUGUUGGUGAUCCCAAAGGCGGGCUCAGCUGGAUCUAUCAGCGAUAUCCUCUGGGUUCAGAUCUAGACGAGCAAGGGCGCAGGCUGCGGGUCGUGAGUCAAGGCACGUUCGAUGUCUCUGCGGCGUCUUCCUCACCCGAGCAAAUGGACGAGCCAGAUCGGCUCUUGUCAAGCUUGCGCGAGUCCAAUGUAGACAUGCCCACAGUAUUGGGAUGGCAUGGAAUGACUAAAUUGCAGCCCGACUCGCUUCCAGACCUCAAAGCCUAUGCGAACUUUGCGAACUCGUUGAGUGCAAUUGACGUAUAUUGUGGCUACCUUGACAGACCUUCUCACGACAACACACAGAAGCCGAUGCGCGACAAAGCUCGUUCGCAGUAUACGGAAGGCAUGCAGCUCUUACAGAGCGAUGAGGCACCCCACUACACCGGCCUUGGACCAAACCUGUCCGCUACAUCAGCACUUUACGCCUUCCGCAGCGCUGGCCUCGUGAACUCUACGACCACGCUCACAGACCGCAUGCACUCAUCCACAACCAACCCACCAGCCCCAGCACCAACACCCCUCUCCCGACACGCCUUCGCCUGCUUCGACCCCAUCUCAGCCCCAAUCGACUCCUACUCCUCAGCCUCCGGCCUCACAGCCUCCUCUUUCGACGGCCCCCUAAACCCCAUCGCCACCGACCUCGCACCCUACGUCCGCUCCGUCGUCUCCUUCGACCUCGCGCUCGCCGAACAACGCGAACGUCUCGACAGCGUUACGAGCAGUGGUCGUCAAGGCAAGCAAGCAAGAACUACCCGUGCGGCGAGAAGUGCGUUGGAGGGGAGUCAGAGGGCCAGUACGAGGAAGGAGAGGUGGUUUGGGAGGGGGCUGGACUAUGGGGCUGUGCUUGCUACGGGUGGGGAGGGGUGGUCGAAGAUUGCGGCGGAAGCAGCAGAAGAUGGGAAGACGGAGACUGAGGGUGGGACGCCGGGGUCGAGCAUGGAGGUAGAGGAAUAG